AUGUCGGAAUCCCCCUUUACGGACGCGGACGCGGAGGAUCUUGUGGUCUUUGUUUCCUUCCAAACACUUCUCUCCACUGAGGCGGAAUCGCCGGUGGAGAACACAAAGCGUUAUGUGCCGGUUGAAGGACAUUACGCCGUGGUGGCCUAUCCGUGGUGUGGAGGAGAGAAAUGUCAAUUGCUGUACAAUAAAGGGUUUGUGCAUUCACCGAAUACAAAUCUUUUUCCCCAAACGGAUAAAUGCGAUAGAGAGUGGAUUCAGCGAGUGAAGGCACGACACGGUAUUGCCCCUCAAAGAUCAUAUGACUCUAUUGUUCGAAAGGAUGUCAAGGAUCUUGUGCGUAGAUCUCGACGAUAUCUAGUAAAUGCUCAAAAUACAGGGGAUGCUUCAUUGAUGUUGGUGGAAAAUGAAAAAGAACAUUUGCAGUUUCAAAUUGAGGAUGUGCUGUCCGCAGUGGAAAAUUUUUAUCGUUUAACGGAUUCUACACAGAGAGAAAGAACACUUAUUUUUAUUACGACUAAUGAUCGCCUUAAGAUGGUACGUGCUGUAUUUAAAUGGUUUUCCGAGAUUGGUACUCGAUUUCCACCGUAUGCAGUCGUUGCGAUGGAGGAGUUUAUACCCGCCACUGGGGAGUUGCUCUCAGAAACGGAUAAUGUACGCCAUCUGGAUCAUAACCGGUGUGCAGUCCACCCUGCAUCUUCUUUAAAUUGUUUUUUACGUCCUUAUGACUGUUGUCGCGCUGAUGUUUCUACUCUUCUUCUAGUGAGACGGUAUUUGGCCGAAUAUCUAGCGGAAUAG